CUCGGGAGAGAAGCAGUGACAUUUGUGUUGAAUAUUUUCUAGUUCUUCAUGCUUGUGUGAAAAACAAAAUUAAUCAGGAAUGAGCGAGGAACAUAUUGCAGUAACUCGUUUCCGAGAGUACCUUCGUGUUAAUACAGAGCAACCAAAUCCGAAUUAUGCUGCCUGCCGUGAUUUUUUAUUUAAAUAUGCUGACGAACUUGGAAUCGCAAGAAGAUCAAUUGAGACAGCUCCAGGAGUUUUCCUUGUAAUAAUGACGAUUCCUGGAUCUCAACCAGAAUUACCUUCAAUUAUGUUAUAUUCUCAUACUGAUGUAGUUCCAACAUUCCGUGAGCAUUGGACUCAUGAUCCAUAUUCUGCAUUCAAAGAUGAAGAUGGAAACAUUUUUGCUCGUGGAGCACAAGAUAUGAAAUGUGUUGGAGUACAGCAAAUGGAAGCUUUAAGAAACUUAUUUGCUCAGGGAAUCAGGCAAUGGAAGAGGACAAUUCAUUUGGUUUGGGGUCCCGAUGAAGAAAUAUUUGGAAUUAAUGGAAUGAAAGGAUUUGCGAAAACCGAUGAGUUCAAGAAGCUGAACCUUGGAUUUUCAUUAGAUGAAGGGAUGCCAUCAGAUGAUGAUGUCUACAAAGUUUUCUACGCAGAAAGAGUUGCGUGGUGGGUGAAAGUAACAUUCCCUGGAAACCCUGGUCAUGGAUCACAGUUUAUGGAGAAUACUGCAAUGGAGAAACUCGAGCGGUUCCUAGCCAGUGCCAGAAAAUUUCGCAACGAACAAAAAGUUGUAUUGGAGAGUAAUCCAAAUUUAACACUGGGAGAUGUUACGACUUUGAACGUGAAUAUUGUAAAUGGUGGAGUUCAGUUCAAUGUGAUUCCUGAAAAGUUUGAAGCUUAUGUUGAUAUGAGAUUGACACCUCAUGAAGAUUUUAAUAAAAUACGUGAAAUGUUGGAUCAAUGGGCAAAGAAUGCCGGAGAAGGUGUCACCUAUGAAUUUUCCCAAUAUUCUGACCAAAAACCAAUAUCUGCACAUACUCGAGAUAAUUCAUUCUGGGCUGCAUUUGAGGACAGUUUGAAUCAAGAAAACUGCAAAUUUGAAAAAGGGAUAAUGGUUGCAUCAACAGAUUCAAGAUUUGUGAGAUAUGAAGGAGUAAAUUCCAUUAACUUUUCCCCAAUGAUCAACACACCGUUUCUUCCACACGAUCACAAUGAAUAUUUAAAUGAGAAAGUAUUUUUGAGAGGUCUCGAGAUUUAUCAAACAAUCAUCAACAACUUGGGCAAUGUCUAAUAAUUCAAUUUUUAAAGUAUUUUUUAAAUGUUCUGUAUAAAUAAAAAUGUUUGUAUAUCAAUUCUACAAACUAG